CCAAAGCAUACGUGUUUUUACGAUUAGACGACACUCGUUGCGACCACUCGAAUUUCAUAAAUCUGAUAAAUUCAAAAUACUUUUAUUGUGUACAAAUAGCUGAUUAAUAAUUGUGACAAGUAAACGGAGAAGGGAAAAAUCAGUGUAAUGGUUAUCUGAAAAUUCAGUGAAGAUUCCUUCUUGGACCAUAAUUAGCAGGAACUGCUGUAGGUCUGGCAGAACGUGACAUUUCCAAUGGGUAGAACUGAUAUGUCAAAAACGCUGAAUGCUUAUAGAAUUAAAAAAAUAGAGCAUAUCGGCACAAUGACAGCUAUGACACAGGAAGAGAUAGUGGCUGGGGCUCGGACUGUUGCUCAAGGUCUGGAAGCCCUUCGUGUUGAGCACACUGGCCUCCUUCAGGGUCUUCAAUCACAGGACGCACCUGAAGCACGGGACAAAGUGAGUUUACUAUGCAAAAACAUCGAAAUGAUUGAGCUUGGAUUAGGUGAAGCACAAGUGAUGAUGGCAUUGGCCAGUCAAUUACAAAUGGUUGAAGCUGAAAAACAAAAACUUAGGACACAAGUUAAAAGGCUUUGUCAAGAAAAUGCUUGGCUCAGAGAUGAACUUGCUGGUACUCAACAAAAAUUGCAAGCUAGUGAACAAGCUGUGGCUCAGUUAGAAGAAGAUAAAAAACAUAGUGACUUUAUGGAAAGUAUGCGACAAUACGAUCCUGACCCGCCAGCUGAUGAUGAAAAUGCUAAAGACAGACCAAAAGAUGAUCCUGUAGUAGAUUUAUUCCCAGACGAUGAAGGCGAUGAUAGGAACAGUAAAUCAAUGUCUCCAACACCGCCAUCACAAUUCGCACAGCAAGUUAAUGCCGGCUACGAGAUUCCGGCUCGUUUGCGCACUCUCCACAAUUUAGUUAUUCAGUACGCGAGCCAAGGCCGCUAUGAAGUUGCAGUUCCACUCUGCAAACAAGCUCUAGAAGACCUUGAAAAAACAUCUGGUCAUGAUCAUCCGGACGUUGCUACAAUGUUGAACAUUUUAGCUUUGGUCUAUCGAGAUCAGAAUAAAUAUAAAGAAGCUGCUAAUCUUCUAAAUGAUGCUCUAGCAAUUCGUGAGAAGACACUUGGAGAAAAUCAUCCAGCUGUUGCUGCAACAUUAAAUAAUUUAGCAGUGCUUUAUGGCAAACGUGGCAAAUAUAAGGAAGCUGAGCCACUAUGUAAACGUGCUCUUGAAAUUCGUGAAAAGGUUCUUGGUCGUGAUCAUCCAGACGUCGCGAAACAGUUGAAUAAUCUCGCCCUCCUCUGUCAAAACCAAGGUAAAUAUGAAGAGGUGCAGAGAUAUUAUCAACGAGCUUUGGAGAUUUACGAGGCCAAACUAGGACCAGAUGACCCUAAUGUCGCCAAGACGAAAAAUAAUUUAGCUUCAUGUUAUUUGAAACAAGGAAAAUACAAGGAUGCUGAAGUACUUUAUAAACAAGUGUUGACGAGAGCACAUGAAAGAGAAUUUGGUGCGAUAGAUGGUGAUAACAAGCCAAUUUGGCAGGUUGCUGAAGAGCGAGAAGAAAACAAACAUAGAAAUAAAGAGAAUGCCCCAUAUGGAGAAUAUGGAGGCUGGCACAAGGCUGCUAAAGUAGAUUCUCCAACUGUAACUACUACCUUGAAAAAUCUUGGAGCACUUUAUCGAAGACAAGGAAAGUAUGAAGCUGCUGAGACACUUGAAGACUGCGCGUUGAGAUCACGUAAAGAGCAUUUGCAGCAGGCAUUGGAUCUUGUUAAACAAGCAAAAGUUGCACAAAUUUUGGGUGAUGAAAAAGGCACAACCAGACGUGGUUCACGUUCUAGUCUUGCUAAUAGCGAGCAUGAUCAGCACGAUGAGGAUCGAAAACACACGGUUCGCGCUCAAUAGAACCACACAGGGAUUUCAAGAUGAUUUUAUAAUGAAUAAAUGGUGAUACAUCAUCGAAAGAGUGAGCGAUACAGAGGUGAUUGCCUCAACAGGACUCCAACAGCGUUUUUGCCUGUUCAUAAAAACGUUGUUUUGACGUCUAACACUCACCUGGAUUGUUCAUUUAUGCAUAUACAUUCCAGAACUGCUUUCAACGAGGCUCGCGAUAGAUGCGAAUUGCUCCUACAGGCAAUUUUAAUAUUUAUAUUAACAAAACAACCAGCUUUAUAAAUUUCGUUUGAGAAUUCUUAAGAACUAUGAGGCGAAUUGAUUAACUCUCCUUCGACUGGUAAUUUUAAUCAAAAUCCUUAUUGUAAAAACAUCAUUUGCACUUCGUACUAUUUUCAUAUCAUGUCUGAUGAAAUUUACUAGAUCUCCAAAACCUAUUGAAUUACUAUUUAUUGUGAAAUAGUUAUUUUUUACUGAAAUUUAAUUAAACAACUAGUACGAAAUGAGUUUAUUGAUUCUUCAUAGAGGAAAUGAUAAAAAUAUACAACUAGUAAUUAAAUAAGAUAGAACAAAAUAAGUCUAAUGUUCUAUCAUUUGUUACUUUUGUCUAGUAUUUCUAAUGAAUUACUAAAAACCUUCACUAUCUAUUUAUUUUUCCUUAUACUUAAUUACUCGGCAAGUUUUUCAUUAAAAUUAUGUUUAUUAAAAAAUAUUUACUUUAAAAAAGUGGGUGUAGGACUAGUCAACUACAGCAAUGAAGUAAAUUUAAUUCUUUUGAGAUUACUGAUUAUUAAUAAUUACUUUUGUGUAAACCACUGUUAACCCAUGUGUGAUAUGAAUGAUUUAUUUAUCUACCUUUUUAUUCAUUUAUUAAAUUGACAGUUGUCCAAAAUUUAUCAGUUUUAAAUAUGUUCGAUAAUGUAAUCAACAUGAUUCUAGAUUGGAGAUAGGUUUAAAAGGAGAGUUCAACGCAUGAUCAAUUUGAAAUAAUUGACAUUGAGUUUAACAAAGAUAAAUAAUUAAUCGUACUUUUUUUAUAGAAAAAUAAAGCAUGGUAUAUAGUGUUGACACGUUUUAUAAUAAAUUAAUUGGUUCUCGCAAUAUAUCAGUAUAGUCUGAUAAUUAUUCAAUUAUACUUAAUUAUUAAUAUUAUACUCCUUUUAUACGAACUGUCAACUAUUUUUAGUCACUUGGAAAAGUGUAAAUAAAUUAAAGAUUAAAUAAUUGUAUAUCAUAUCAAUUUAUUGAUUUAUUGAGAAGUUUUGAGUAUCAAUUGUAUUGUAUUUAUAGAUUUUUUUUGAUACUUUAACGAAUUGUAAAUUAGAUAUUAUUGACCGUAUGAAAUAUGUUUGAUUUUAUAAAUAAAUCAAUUUGUUGUGAGAACCAAUAGAAUCAUCAAGAACAUCAACGGUAAGUGGCAACAAUAAUACCCAUGAUUUAUUUUGGUUAAUAAGGAAGAUCAACUGAUUAUAGAAAAUUGCAUGAUCUUUGAAUAUUCAAAAUUAAUCGUACGACGUCCAUAUGUAAACUUUCUAAUAUUUAAAAAUGAUUUGAAAAAUUCCAUGAAAUAAGUUGAUCGUAUAUUUCCGUGAUCAUUUUUUUUUCAAUUAUUCAUUAAUUGAUUUUUGCGGAAAUGUAUGCUCUGAAUAUGUCCUGAUGUUUACGCAUUUGCAGUAAGGUAUGUGCCUGAGAGCUUAAAGGCCUAGUGUUUGUAUCUUAAGAACAGGUUGAUAAAACUUUUUAUUGAAUAAAUAAAAUACAUUUCAAGCAAGUUGAAAAAUAUUUUGAUUAAAAUAUGAAUUUGGUUGUUUUGUCAUAUUGAUUUCCUUAAUUUUCAUUAUUUCACUAAUUUUGUAAUGAAGUUAUAAAUAUGGAGAAUUGAUAAACACUUUUUUUCUAAGUAAUGUAAUAAUAAAAUUAAUUAUAAAUGGGCGAUAUUUGUAUAAUUUACCUUCCUAAACAAUUUUAAGUAUUAUUAUAGCAUUUUUGUAUUGCUAUUAUUUAGCAGUAUUCAAUAUUUUUACAUUACAAUGUAUCAAGUGGUAUAAUAGAAGAUUAUAUAGUAUAUCAUACUAAUGCACAUUGUAAGAAUAAAAAUUGUAUAAGUUUCAAAAAAUCCAUUUAGAUAUUAAAUUAUCGUAUAGUACGAAAGGUAUUCUGGCUCUCAGGUGCAAACAAUUGUUAUUUAAUGAUCUGAUAAUGUAUAAGCUUUGGUUUAUAAUAAACAUUUUAACUUGUACAAAAAUCAUCAA